AUGGAGACAGCAUUUUUUGUUUGCUCAACGCCUUCCUUAAGAAUGCCUUCAAAAGCAGGUCACCAACGCAACGUAUCACAGGGGCAGCAUUUGAUCGUUGAUCUCAAUGAUUCCGGGGACGAUGAGGAUGCUGAGCGCGGACAUGCUGGGGUUUGUUCUGGUGGAAGUCCAACGCGUGUGGAUCCAGCAACACAGUACCGCCCUCAGCAUAAUAAGCCCAAAGGACUGUGCAACGAUCCACAUAUCCGAUCGAACAUUAAGGUCAUAUUAGGCUCUAUUAUGCUCACAAUAGUUGGAGCAAUCCUUCUGAUUCUUGGCGCGAUCGUGAUGUUUCGUCCAGACGAAGGACCACAAGAAUGGGUAUUCAUCUUUGCCGGGUUUCUCUGCUUCGUACCUGGCUUCUAUCAUGUGUACUAUAUUGUAUGCACCCUCUGUGGACGUCCGGGGUAUUCUUUUGAUCGACUGCCCACAUUCAACCGAUAAUGAUUUGUUCGUGCGGUAAGUUUCUUGUUCGCGGCUGAGUUGCUGACGGCAGCCGUUUCACUUGUUUUAUUCUCCAUUGACUCGUUUUUGUUAUUUGAUUGUCUCGUUAUACUUUCGCGCCUUGAUAUGAUCGUCACUUCUGUAACAUCCAACUGAUGAGUAAUCAGGUACAAGUGUUUCCGUUCUUUGUUCAUAUUGUCGUUUACUUUGUGAGUGAUUCCGCUACCGCCUUGCACGUAGUCAUCGAAUAGCAGAUGUCUAUUCCAUCAUCAGAUUUGAUGUGCAUAAUAUUUCAAGUCUUACAUAAUUACGAAGUUAUCCUUUCACUUCAGUAUCUGAUGUCAUGCAUAAUUCCGAAUGAGACAAGUUCUCAAGUUACCUUCAUUUGAAGUUAAAAUUAUAGUCAUUAUGAACUAUCUGGCUUGUAUAUAGAAUUGUUUACCCGUUUAUUUUAUCUUCAUGCAUUGAUACUCAAAGUUAUUGAAUUAUAUGGAUCACUGUAUCAAGAGAUAUAAGUGAGAUGAUUCAGACAUCAGAAUUCACGAUUGUGGUUAUUUCCAUUCCUCAUUUUUUGCUGACAAAGUCGUUAAAGUGUUCUUCAUCGCUUUGGCACGUUCCAUUGACAUUGAUGAAUGGAGGACAACAUUGCGGCUCUCUGCAUCCGGCCAGAGCGGCUUCAGGUCUGCAAGUAAAUGAUGUUUCUUUUUUGAAAUCAUAAAUGCUAU